UUGUAUUUCUAUUUUUUGUCUCUACUUUCUUCGUGAUUACACGUUGCUCUCUUCCACCUAACGUGCAACGUCGCGAAAUGACGUUGUCGCGAUUCCUAUUCGAAACUUGAAUUCUUCGUUCACUGGGAGGUUGUUACUACCACAAUGCUGUGUCUCCUGAGAGGUUUUCAAUGUACAAAAAGCUUUUUGGAACUUUGUUUAGAUCCUCAAUUCCUGACAAUGACAAUUCGCAGGACACGCAAAAACGGAGUGAACCAGCUGAGGAGAUUGCACAACCUGAAACAGCUGUGGUUGCAAAAAAACGUGGCAGACCUUCAAAAAAGUCAUCCGAAAAAAGAGAUUGGGAUGAUGACGAAAUCUUUGUUCUUAUUGAAACUUGGUCGAAUCACGAUAAUCUCUACAACACCAGAAACAGCCAAUAUUUUAAUCGUGAUACACGACAAAAAUCUCUUGAAAAAAUUCAGAAAGAAUUAGCAGACCAAGGUAUUUUUGCUUCAGUGAAAGAUAUUGCAGAUAAACUCACGAAUCUAAAGACAUACUAUGGUGGUCAAAAAAGAUCUGUCGAAUCUUCAAAGGCCAGUGGCGCUGGAGCUGAUGAUGUUUACGAGAGUAAUUGGAAGUUCUUUCAAGUUUUGCACUUUUUAAAUGAUUCGUUUACUCCAAGAAAAACUUUCAGCAAUGCCGAUGAAAAUUCAACGUACGAGGUCUUGAAUCCACCCUCAGCAAAAAGCGCAAAGAAGAUUCGCGAUUCGAGCAUGGAGACAGCGCAAAAAGUUAUGCAUUCUGCGGCUGCAGCUUUGGAAAAGUUAAAUGAGAAAAGGUCAAACGGAGGAGCUGAAAGGAAAGAAAAAACGGAAGAUGAAGUUUUUUGUGAAUUGCUGUGCAAAAUAUAAACAAGUAUUCCGAAU